UCAUCUGUGGUCAGGCUACAAUUUUGUAGCAAAUGCUCUCGUUUUCUAUUGAGAUUUUGUGUUUUUUGAUUAUGUCAAAAUGUUAUUUGUGUAUUUCUGUUCAGUUAUGUUUUCUAGUAGUGUGAGAGCUGGGAAAUCGAAACAAAGCACGUAAACCGUGCGCCUUUAACCAUGUUGCAUAAUAAUCAAUUCGGACCGAACGAUGUUAGUGGUCAAACAAAUUUGACAUCCGAACAGAACUUACAAAAUAAUGUAAAUAAUCAAAACAAAGCAACACAACAACUAACGCAAUCAAUAAACCCAGGUUUUAACAUACCAGACUAUUCGUACGGAUUAAAUAUGAACGCGGGAAUAAGUCACUAUCCAAAUUUCCAGACGAUCGGUCUACCCCAAAACUUUUUGCCACAAAAUCCGAUGCAUUGGCAGAACAACGUGAUGCCGAUGAAUUUGAACAUACAGAACGGGCCCUAUGGGAUUCCAUUUGAGAGAAAGUUUCAUAAAGAAACAACAUUUCUUAACGUGCCGCAAGUGACACCAAAAUAUAAACAUGCAGAUACAAGCCAUAUCAACAACUAUCAACAGUUUAAUCAUAAUUUCGUGUUUAACAAUCAAGACACACACACAUUGGGAAGUUAUAAUGAAAAUAGUGCAAGAAACAUGAAAAAUAUAGACAAUUUUAAACACUAUAUGGAUAAUAAUUUAGAUCUGACAGUAAAAUUAAGUCAAAAACGUGAUAUUGAUAAAAGUAAACAUGUAAACGAAACAUCUAAUUCAGACAAUGUUAUUCUUAAGGACUGUUUGCAGAGAAACAAAGACGUAGCUUUAAAUCCAAGUAAAGACGCAGUGUGUAUGAAAACCAACAAUAUUCUUAACACAAAUAAAGAGAGUGACAAAAUAGAAUACAGCGAUUUCAGCGAUAGUUUCAGUAUGAAAUCCUACAAGGACUCGGAUUCUCGAAAACGUAGUUUGGAAAAGACGUUACGCAUGCUAGAAAUAAGUAUUAUAAACAGCACUAACUCUCGGCAGAACAGGCAAGAGGAAUCAAGUUUGUCCAACCCUACAAAUUUUUUAAAUACAGAUAAUAGAUUUACAGAUAAUACAAUAAUUGAAAAGACAAAUGAAACGGAACAGAGUGAAAACGGAAAAGUAUUAGAUACAAAAAAAUGUGUAAAAAAUGAACUGAAGCCUGAAACUCUUGAUGUUAAAAAAGAAACAAUGCCAAAUGUAGAAACGGACACAAAUAAUCCUUUUCAGAGGGACUGUUUUGGUGUGAGAAGUGAAGCGGUGUUUAAUUGUAAUAUAUUUGACUCGGAAAUUGGGCAGACUCUCGCUAGAGAGUUGAUUAAUAAUGGAACAACAACAGACUCCUAUUUCGAAUGUCCCUACUGCAGUCUGUUCUUUAAUAAUCCAAAACGAUUCUUGAUACACACAAAAUGGCAUUCUUUUGGUUUAACAAAUGAGAAACGAUUUGAAUUGCAACGGGAGAAGGAGGUGAAACGACAGAUGAAGAAGGAAGCCAGAAUAUUAGAGAAAAAACAACAGACUGAGGUAAAAAAAGUGGAAGAACCAGAGGAUUAUAGCUGUAAGCUAUGUCAGAAAACAUUCAAUACUUACGGUAGUUUGAAGAAUCAUAGACAGAAAGUACACCCUACACGGUCGCGUAAUUGUAAAAUUUGUGGCAAGAGCAUACUAGGGUGGGUGGCGAUGAAGGCACAUUUAGCUACACACGACGGGGCAGAUAGUGGGUUCCAUUGCCCCGAGUGCCCCAAGAGGUUUAAACACGCGCAUUCGCUUGCAAAACACCGGGAUACGCAUAAGGAAAAAACGCAAGCCUGUUCACAAUGCCCAAAGAAGUUCGGCUCCACAACACUACUAAACAUACACAUGAAGACGCACGAGCGCAUGCAGCGAGGCGCCACGUUCCGUUGCACGUACUGUGGGAAGGGGUACUUCGAGUCGUUCAGUUUGGCGGCGCACGAGCGAACGCACAGAAACGAAAAGCCAUUCCAAUGUGAUAUAUGCAGUACGAGAUUUGGGACCAACUCAAGUUUGAAGAGGCAUUUGAAAGUGUCACACAGCACAAACAAGCCGUUCGUCUGUUCGACAUGUCACAGAUCGUUCAUGUCUGAAGCUAUUAGAGACAGACACGAACUCCGUUACCAUGGCAACCCGGAGGAUUUCAAAUAUCCCUGCAAUAUGUGUCCGUCAAAAUAUUUCGAGUUGAAAGAUUUGAAGAAACAUUUGUACAAAGUUCACCCGAAAGUUAAGAGAAAGAAGCAUUCGGAUAGUGAUUGUUCUGAUGAAUAAAUGAAAAUUGAGUUUUAAUUGUGUACGGUUAAAGUGAAAUUUAGUUUGAUUGGUUUUGUCGAACUGACGGAAAUGAGUGUCGAACUGACAGAAAGUUCGUUUAAGUUUAAACUACAAGUCAGUUUACGAACUGACUUAAAUUGUAGGGUCGUUGACCUUUUCCAAAUAUUAAUUGUAUUGUCCAAAAUGUAGAAAUAUAUUGAAUUUUUUUUUAAACUAAGCAUAAGCUUCCAUUUCCGUUAUGACUUUGACAAUUGACACAUGCGAAUUAAACUUGUUUAAAAUCAGCUUUAAAUUUUUGUUAAGGUACCUCUUUUUAUUAUGUACGCAUACAAAUAUAUCAAAUGUCACAUUCAAACAGAAAUAUUUAUGUAAAUACUAGCUUAAUGUCCGCGGCUUCGCCCGCUUUCUCUAAAACGAUUUGAGAUUUAAACUAUCCUAUCUCAAGUUGUAUCG